CCGAGGCUCAUUUUGUCCUAUUUGUGACGACCCGGCUUGCAGGAUCGCAGGCUUAAAUUUAAGUACUCACCCACUUUUGGGAAAAAUAUUGUCAUUUUCACAGAGAAAGGCUUUUCUAUAAAUUUACAAGUCGUGUAGCUGGCUGAGAAGCGAGGAAAUGGUUAGAAAGGAGAGAGUUAGGCCGUUUUGCCAAGCGCUCUUAAAGCUUCAAGGAGUUCUCCUUUUGCUGUAUUUGAGAACAGGUUUCAUUGCUGGGGAAAAGCAUUACAUUAUCAACACAACCUCAGCACAGAUAAAGAUAGAGGGGACAAGUAAUGUAACCAGCGGAAAGAUUGAAGAUAAAACUUUCCAUGGUCCCAACAACGGAAUUUGGAACUACUCUGUGGCAGCGUUUAAUUUCACUUCAAGUGAAGCCAAAGAUAUCUUUCAUGAAAAAAACAAAAUAUCUAUCCGUGGUACGAAUGCCCUUUCUGUGAUCGUUCAGGGCAAUUUUACGGUGGGAACUGAUUUAGAUGUGAGUGGUAAAAAUGUCAGUUUUACCUCAAACGAUAAACAACUGUUUUGGCUCGGAGGAUUUAUACGAAUGAAUAAAACUUGCUGUACAUUGGGUGCGGGGCCUGGUGGAGCCUUUAGCUAUCACGGUGGUGGUCAUGGCGGCAGAGGGGGAGGUUUUUAUCAGGACAGGAACACAACUAGACUGUACGGGUGGAAUUACUUCGAUACCAUUUACCUACUAGGCGGCAGCACAGGAACGAAUUUGUUCUCCAGCAAAGCAGGGUCUGGCGGUGGAGCUAUAGAAUUGAAGGCAAUCGGUGGAACACUAACCCUGAAUGCUGCAAUUAAGGCUGAUGGUUACUCGACUGGCAACACAAGUGAUGAUCACUGUGCAGGGGGCAGUUCAGGAGGAUUGAUACGACUACAAGGAAAUAGGGUGGUGAUAGGAAAAAGCGGAAGUUUAUCUGCAGUUGGUGGGGACAGCGGUUUUAGCUCUAACCAUUCGAAUUACUGUGGGGGUGGUGGUGGAGGUGGAGUUAUUCAAGUCUUUUCGCAAACCGAUAUUAAAAAAUAUGAAGCAAAUAGUCUGAAAAGGACUAAUGGUGGACGAGGAUUGCAAAAUGGCGAGGCAGGACAAGAACAAGUAGCUUUGUACUUCGACCGCCAAAUGGAUUUAAAUAUCAACACAACAAGUUGUAAAAUGUCCUGGACUAAUAAUCACGAAUACGCUGGCGAAAUCGAGCAAAGGACUUUCGAGAAAAUGGCUUACAACGUCUGCAAAAUCGAAUUCAGUUCAUCAAUUCGUAUAGGAAGACAAGUGAGGGUAAAAAUCAGUGGAAAGAGAGCUUUAUCUUUGAUCAGUAUGCAUGGAAGCAUUGAGAUAUUUUCCCAGAUAGAUAUCGACGCCACGGAACAUUCGGAUGAAAGCCUCUCUGAGACAAGCAUAGGAGGAUACGUAAAAGUGUCCCAUGAUGACAAAGCCGCAGGUCCUGCUGGUCUUAACUGUAGUUCGGAUGAAUUGUAUGGUCGAGAUUUUGAUUCCUUGUUAGGCGGAAGUGUGUGUUCGUGGGAAGUCAACAGUGGAGAAGGAUUUAAGGCUGUCGGAGGAGGGGCUUUGGAGCUGAGAGCAGAGUCUGGAGCAAUUGUCAUAGAUGAAACCAUUUCUGCGAAUGGUUUCUCUAAUAACAGUGGUAACGCCGGCGCCAUGGGUGGAACUAUUCGUUUACACGCCAAGGAGAUCCAUCUGAAAAGAAAAGCUCUGCUGACAGCUCGCGGCUCAGGUGCAGGUGGAGGUGUGGUUCAGCUGAGGAGUGAUGUUGAUGUGGAUGGAUUGUGCGAAUCCAAAUUUAACGUAACUGGCAAGACAUUUGGUCUUGUUAACAUCCUUGUUUCCACGAAAGCUACGAAUCAAGCACAGUACAUUCAGGAUGGAUAUUUGGAAAUUGACACCACUAACGCAAGGUGGAUGCACAAGUUGGCAACAAUGAACGGUUCCAUGGCAUAUUCGUACUAUGGCGAAAUCAAACCACGGAAUUUAAACUCUGGUCAUCAAUAUCAUGUUUCCAUAUUCGAGUUCCAGACACCGAUUCUGAUCAAUGGCUCCACGAAGGUUAGCGUGUUCGGGUUACACUCAUUUCUGGUGAAAAGCAAGGAGGGCAUCUACAUAGGAGUGGACAUAAAUUUGAAAGAGUCCAUAGCAACUUUGGCCAAACGAGUCGGUGGAUACUGCGUCACAAGCAGGAACAGAACAGAUGGGAAAGGCCCUGGCCGAGGACAGCCUGGCAAGAACGCAGGCGCCGGGCAUGGUGGAAAGGGUGGCUUGCUGUUUGAAGAUAACAAUAUCAUUUAUGGUAAAACAUAUGGAAUACAGCCUGAAAUACAUCUUAUUGGCGGAAGCACAGGAACGUCGAAUUGCUCGUCAAAUAAUUGUACCACUUCCGAUCCCGGUCUGGUGAUAGGUUGUGGUGGCGGAGCGAUUGAAAUUUUCUCAGAAAAGAACUUAACAAUCGAUGCUGUGAUCAGCGCCAAUGGUGAGACAAUUACACUUGAAUCAAUAGCUAGUAUGGGUGGAAGCAGCGGGGGAACAAUUAUUCUUAGAUCUGAAAAGCAUGUGAUCCUCGGUGACAAUGCGAGGCUGGAAGCCACGGGAGCAAAUGCUUAUGCAAAAGGUGGUGACAAUUCUAUCCACCGCGGGGGAGGUGGAGGAGGGGUAAUUGCAAUCAUCAGCAAAGGCACACCAGUUGGAAUUGGAAGACUAUCUCCGAAUGAAAACACUGCGGGGGGAAAUGGUUCCACUAGUGGAGAUAACGGCCUAGUGGUUAUUAACGGCACCAAGCAUUACGGAUAUCCAGCGGAAGUUAUUGAGGUCAACGAAAGCUACGAAGGAUGUGUGAAUGGUAGCAAUAUAUCCAAUCCCCAAACAGUGACUAUGAAAGCCCAUGAAGCUUCACCAUCAAAAUGCAUCGAGAUUUGCCGUGAAAGAAAAUCCCAAUGGGCUUACGUAAGGGAGAGAAGCUGCAAAUGCUCGAACUCCAGCCAAACCUCGUCUAAGCUUAUUGAAAAGUGUAAUAAAAGAUGUUGGUCAAAUUCUUCACUUGUCUGUGGUGGCGAUGGGGAUGACGCCUUCAGUGCAUACAAGACAGGCUACGUCGCUGAGUUUUCAUAUACUAUAAUAUCCACUGCAACUUUAGCAGUUUUUACCACAUCAUCCGUGGUCAAUGCCAUUUCACCAAAUAAGACUGUAGAGGUAACAACGACGCCAACGACGCCAACGACGCCAACUCAUGCCACCACAUCAUUAGUGGUCAAUGCCAUUUCACCAAGUAAGACUGUAGAGGUAACAACGACGCCAACGACGCCAACGACGCCAACUCAUGCCACCGAUGAAGCGAAGACUACCGAAGAAACGAAGCCUACCGAUAAACCUACGACCACGCCCCCAGACGAACCAUCGGGAAAGUUCAAAGACAUUGCAAAUGUCACAAUCACAGACGAAAACGUCGUUGAAGUUGUAAGCCAGCUCAAAAACCUCACCAAAGAGGAAGACAUGAAUGGUGGAGACACGAAAGUCGCCCUGGGAAUCCUGCAGAAAAUCACCAGCAACAACAGUUUACUUCCCGCAAACAAAUCUGGGCGGCAGAAAAUAGGACAGAAAAUUCUUCAGGUUGCCAGCUCACUCUUGUCAGGGGAAAACGCUGCCAAUUGGGGCGUACCAACAGAUAACGAAAAUAAGACGGACAAGGUGACUUCUCAGACCCAAGUUUUGGAAGUUAUAGAAAACAUUGGUCUAAAAAUUGGAGAAAAACUUGGUGAUGACGACAGCUGGGUCGUAGAAAGUGAAAAUAUAGCUAUGGGUGUAGAGACCAAGAUACCUGACGAGUCUUCCCCUGGGGUGAAAUAUCCAAGAUAUGAUGAACUCGGCCCAGAAUGGAGAGGACAGGAUCGUGUAUUUGUUAAUAGAGAACUCUUCGACAAGAUGGCGGCAGAUAACAGAUCAAGAACAACAGUUGUCUAUGCCAUUUACAAUCAAGUCAGCGAGCAUUUCCCUACGAAUACAAUCAGCAAAAAGAGCUCUGAGAGUCUAAUUGUGAACUCCCGAAUUCUGGCUCUAAAGUUUAACAAGCCACUUCUUACUCCAUUGAAGACACCUAUUAAACUAUGGUUUGAUAAAUUGGAGAAGGGCGAAAAUGUUACGAAACCUUCCUGUUCGUUUGUGGACUUCGAGAGCGCAAGGGGCUCGUGGUCACACAAGGGAUGUCGCGUGGUCAAGGAAAAGGACCAGAAUGUCGAGUGCGCCUGCGAUCAUCUCACAAACUUUGCAAUUUUGAUGCAAGUGAAGGAAUUUGAAGUUGAACCGGAUCACUAUAAAGCUUUGACAGUCAUUACGUACGUAGGCUGUGGAGUUUCAUUAUUUGGACUCGCGCUCACUUUGGCGACUUUCUUAUCACUUGAGACGUUAGCUUCAGAACGGACCUCAAUUCACAAGAAUCUUGUGGUAGCCAUUGGACUCGCGCAGAUAAUUUUCCUGGCCGGCAUAGAUGCCACAUACAACCCCAUUGCGUGUAAAGCCGUUGCUUUGUUCUUGCACUAUUUAUACACAGCGGCUUUCACGUGGAUGUUAUGCGAAGGAGUUCAUCUGUACAGCAAAGUGGUAGAAGUAUUCAGCGAAGGAUCUAAGAUGAAAUACUACUACGCCUUAGGCUGGGGUCUACCGUUGACCAUUGUGUUCAUUUCCGCCUGUUCUCGCUGGGGAGGAUAUGGGAACGAGCGAGCCUGCUGGAUUUCAAUCACUGACGGGCUUAUUUGGGCUUUUGUUGCUCCUGUUCUUAUCGUGAUGACGAUCAACUUUGUGGUUAUGAUAAUGGUAAUCAGAGUGAUCAUCGCAUCUGUAACGUCACUACAGAAUCCUGGCAAUGCUUCCCAAGUCAGGGCUGGCGUCAAAGGCAUGAUUGUUUUACUGCCUCUGCUCGGUCUGACGUGGGUGUUUGGACUUUUGGCCAUCAAUAAGGACACUAUUGCUUUCCAGUAUUUAUUUGCCAUCCUCAAUUCACUUCAGGGACUUUUCAUUUUUGCUUUCCACUGUAUCGGAAACACCGAGGUACGAGUUGCAUACAAAAGACUCCAUGAGAAAAGGACUUUGGCAAAGAGCCUUCCUGAACACUCUCUGUCUUCAACACACCACAUGUCAAGUCGGCCGGCAAAGAAACGAAUGGACUCUCACGAGACGAACUUCACCGGGGAUGAUGACAUCAUUGUUACUAAGACUAUCCGAAGCGUGUCGGAUGUGAAGAUUUCUGGGGACAACUUGGCCUUGCAAACGAUUCGUGGACCUGGAUCACAUCAAACGAGCGUGAGAUCAUCCUCUACACAGUCCAGCUCUCAUACAGAAUUUUCAGAGCAACUAAGGCCGUUAACCAAAGAAGGCAGAAAACGCAAGAAAAGCUCCAGCCAUAGAAAAACAUUCUUUCAAAACUUUAGACCAAAAGUGUUAGGUUCCUGUAGCAUUGUAUAAGGACUUUAUUCUUUUAACCUGUGCGCGUCAUACGCCUUGUAGCCUUCGAGUUGGAAGGCGUAUGAUUAUUUUCCCUGCGAACGUGGAGCAGGCUCCUUGCAGCAUCUCUAAUUGUGCGAUCGUAGUCGAAGUUACUCGUAGGCUGUUUAAAGUCGUUUAGAAGACUACCACGUAUUGUCUUCAAGUGAGUGAUCUGCUUCAUUAAGGCUUCGUUUGAGGCGCAUUUAACAAAUGUAAAUAGUGAAAACAUGAGUAGGGAGUGGUGUGCGUGUUGGGCCAGUGGAGAGCAGCUGAGGAGAAGGCUAGUACGAAUCAUUCGCAAGAAGUUAUAAUCUCUUGUCAUCUGAUAGAUGCAGCGUUCUACAAUCUGAAGUUGACAUGAGAUCAGUGUAUAUGGAGAGAUGUAUACACUGAACCCUUUAACCCCUAACAGUGAUUGGCUUUUAGUUUCUCUUUACUGUAUCACUCCUGAAUCAAAUAUUAAGGUCAUGAGAAUAAAGGAAAUGAUAACCAAUUUCAGAAGCUCUUGAUUGUUAGUCAAAUUCUCCUAAUCAGUACCAUAGGAAACGUGAAGAGAACAGUGGAGAGAAUGUAAAUACUAAUGUUAGGGUGUAAAAGGUUGUCAUUUUUGAUGUAUUUCUUUUUUGCAAGACGGCCUUUGCUGUGAUGUUUUAUCUUGUGAUUUAGAUAGAAGUUAGUAUAAGCCGCUUUUUGCUUUCGCUGGCCUGUAAUUGCUAGGAACGCUGAGUCAAUGUUUGCAGAUCUCUUGUUAUCUUGAAAUCAGUGCACCAACAGUCGAAUGAAUUAUAGAUGUUUAAAGUAGCUUCAAUCUAUCGAUUGAGAUUUGUCUGUCACUUUCAUACGCCAGUACCAAUACCAGUCAGUAGCAAUUACAUUUACGUAGUGUGAGAAGUUAUAUGCGUUGUACAUCGCCGUUGAUUAAAAGUAUCGUUGACCGUUGGUAUAUGUUGAAUAAUAAAGAAAUAAACGAAGA